GAUGACGUCAAUCUCCCGCGACAAUGUUUACUUCUUCCUCUUCUUUGGUGUUUUCAUGGCGGUUAGCAAACAACCACUUAAACAACGUAAUGACGCAUUACUGCGCAACAAAUAAUUUUCAUAUGAAAUACGGAGGCAAAACAAAGUCGUAUAGUUUUCAGCUGGCUUUAAAAAACACACUUCCUGUUAUAGCGUACUUGUAGUUUACGAAAAAAAUAACAAUAUGUAUAUGUGUAUAUAUAUAUAUGUAUGUAUAAAUGUAUAAACACAUUCUAUGAAGUUUUUUAUUCGAGCCACAUAGUCUCGCGAUAUCGUCUCCGAGACCUGCGUGACGUAUCCUCGCUCCAGCCCUCUGAUUGGUCCUCUGCUCUCCGUUAAAAUCUAACCCGCGUAGAGAAGCAGCCCAAGCUAAAAGUAAGCGGAUGUCUUCUGGUUCUCUGUCUGGGGAAUAAAACACGUCGCCUGGGGAAUAAAACACGUCAGGAAAUGAUGGAGUCGUGUCUCGGUGGGAACCCGGAAAGAGUCAGACAGGUUCUGGUGGACGACAUCAAGAGAGAUCUGAUGGAGGAGCUCACUGUACAGGACGUCGUUCAGUCUGAGAACCUUCAGGUGUAUCUGAGGAUUCGACCAUUCACCGCAGCAGAGGACCUCACCCGGGAGGCCCAGGACUGUGUGACCAUCGAGGGACCCAACACUGUGGUCCUGACGGCUCCCAGGAACUGUCACUCAAACCGGCAGAGCGACAAGUCCCUCCCACAAACGGCACAGAGGUUCACCUUCACACAGGUCUUUGAUCCGGAGGCCAGCCAGAAGAAGGUUUUUGAGGGUUCAGUCCGUGGUUUGGUCCGUGAUGUUCUAACUGGAGGAAACUGUCUGGUGUUCACGUACGGAGUCACCAAUGCUGGAAAAACCUUCACAUUCCUGGGUCCGGACCAUGACUCGGGUCUGUUGCCCAGAUCUCUGUCAGUGAUCUUUAACAGUAUUGACGGCCGUCUGUACGGUCGGUGUGACCUGAAGCCGCAGCGCUGCAGAGACUUCAGCAGACUGACCCCAGACCAGCUGGCAGCCGAGGCCAGCAGCAAGAGGAGCCUGCUGAGGCUGUUUAAGGAGAGCGAUAGAAGUCAGACGAGUGUCAGAUCAACUUUUCUUGACGGCUCUUCUGACAGCAGCAUGAGCAGCAGCUCUGAGCUCGACAGCUUCGGUCUGGACGUCCAGGCCAGCGUCCGCUUCUCUGUCUGGGUCUCCUUCUGUGAGAUCUACAACGACAACAUCCACGACCUGCUGGAGCAGGUUCCCAGUGGACACCACAAGAGGACAGUGCUGCGUCUGUCUCAGGACGUCAAAGGAAACUCCUUCAACAAAGACCUGCGCUGGCUCCAGGUCAGCAGCUCUGACGAGGCCUACAGAGUGAUGAAGAUCGGGAGGAAGAACCAGAGCUUCUCCUCCACCAGACUGAACCACCAGUCCAGCAGGAGCCACAGCAUCUUCUCCAUCAGGAUCCUGCGGGUGGAGGACGUUGGUGUUCCCAGAGUCCUCGGCAUCAGCGAGCUGUCCCUGUGCGACCUGGCCGGGUCUGAGCGCUGCUCCCGGACCCUGAACACCGGGGACCGGCUGAAGGAGGCCGGCAACAUCAACAGCUCGCUGCUGACGCUCGGGAAGUGCAUCAACGCCUUGAGGCUGAACCAGCACGCCAAGGUCCAGCACCACGUGCCCUUCAGGGAGUCCAAGCUCACCCACUUCCUGCAGUUCUUCUUCUGUGGUGGCGGCCGCGUCUCCAUGGUGGUCAACGUCAACAGGAACCCGGCGAGCUUUGACGAGACGCUCAACGUGCUCAAGUUCUCUGCCCUCGCCCAGAAGGUGGUGGUGGUGAGCUCCCGGCCGCUGGGCGACGCCCCCUUGUCUUCGGCCAUGGAGCUGUCUCUAAUCAUCGAGGACGCCGACCGACGGAGGAACGCGUCGGGGCGCCGCAGGAGGAGCUCGCUGGUCGCCUGGGAGACCAGCCUGGAGGACGUGCUGGAGCACGGGGGGGGCGAGGAGGACGAGGAGGAGGACGAGGAGGAGGACGAGGAGGAGAGUGUGAUGGAAGGGACGGUGCUGGAGGCCGUAUGUGAAGAAGAGAAGAUGAAGCUGCUCCUGGAGGCUCAGAUCAGAGAGGAAGUCAGCUCAGAGUUCAUGGAGCUGUUUAACAAGAUGGAGAAAGACUACAGCGAGCGGCUGGAGAAGGAGAGGGCGCUCCUGGAGGCGCGGGCGGAGGAGCAGGUGGAGAUCCUGAAGAAGCUGGUGAGCCGGACGGCGGCGCAGCAGCAGCUGGAGGAGCAGGAGAUGAGCUGCGUCACACUGGACCCCAUCAGAGAGGACAACCAGUCACACACUGCAGUUGUACGCUUGGAGAAGCAGAGGUCACAUGUCCAGCUGCAGGAGGCCAAAGAGGGUCUGGCUCGGCUGCAGCUGCAGCUGUCUGCGCUGCAGGAGGUCAACCGGCUGCAGGAGACGGCCCUGCUGGAGCGGAGGAGGACGGGAGGAGGAGAGGAGGAGGAGAACAGGAAGCGGCAGCAUGGAGCUCAGGAGGAGGAGGAGGAGAGAAGACCAGCAAAGAAGAAAGUGCUGGAGGAGGAGAUCUGGAGGUUGCAGGAGGAGAACGACCAGAAGGAGGAAACUAUUGUAAAGCUAAGAGAGAGGGAGGAUCUGAGGAAGAGGAGCCAGGAGGAGGAGCUGAGGAAGAGGAGCCAUGAGGAGGAAGUGGAGGCACUAAAAAAGGAGCAGGUUGUUCUGGAGCAGAAGCUGCAGGAGCUGACGGAUCUGGAGUGUCCUCUCUGUGCGUCGGUGUUCUCGUCUCUGGAGUCGGAGCAGAGAGAAACUUCCAGACUGCUGAAGGAGAACAAAUCUCUGGUGAACGGCAUCUUCAGGCUGCAGACACAGCUGACCGGCCUCCAGGCGGAGGUCAGGCCGCAGACUGGCGGGCCUGACGUGUUGCAACAGCUGGACGUAGCCAAGUCCCGCCUCCAGGCCCUGGAGAGCCAAUCGGAGAAGGCCGACAGCAUCGACAGCCUGACUGGAGAAGUGGAGCGUCUGAAGCAGGAGGAGGAGGAGGCGCGCAGCGGGGUUUUCCACGCUGCCAUGGAGGAGCUGCAGAAGGAGAGCCUGGCGGCGCUGCAGAGAGACGCCCACAAGGCCCGACAGAUCCAGGACCUGCAGAGCGGCAGGAGGAGUCUGGAGGAGGCGCUGAGGCUCAGCCAACACACGACCGAGGAGCUCAGGGAGGAGUUAGCCAAUCAGAGAGCAGCAUGCACCAGUCGGCUCCAGAGCCUGAAGGAGGAGCUUGAGUCUGAGGGCGGAGCUCUACGAGGGAGAGUGGAAGAGAUGGAGAGAGCAGAGCAGGAAAUGAAGAGGGCGAAGGAAGAGCUUCAUCGAGUCGUGUCGGAGAAGGAGGAGCUCGCCGAGGAACGUCGCCGUGAGACGGACACGCUGAGAAGAGAGCUGGAGGGUCUGAGGGAAGACCUGCAGAGGAGGGAUGAGGAGGAGAACCUGGAGGUGGAGGUGCCGGUGGUGGAGGAGCUGAAGGAGGUGAUCCAGAGACUCCAGGAGAGGAGAGGGAGGCAGGAGGAGGAGGAGGAGGAGGAGGGGAGGAGCAGACCGUUUGAGGCUGUGAGGAAGGAGAUGGAGAGACUCCAGAGACUGAAGGAGGGAAACAGUCCGGACGUUGGCGUGUCUCCUCUGAGGUCCAACAGGAAGACCCCCAGAGCUACAGGGAGGAAGAGGAAGAGUUGUGAGGUGCAGGACUUGUUCAGUGAGAACAAGAGAAACAAAGUGAGAGCAAACCAACAGGUGAAGUCUUCUGUGUUGAAGGAGAAGACAGACGGAACUCUCCAGAAGAUCGGAGAGUUGAUCCACAGCUCUCCCUCCAUCCUGGGCAGCAAAGGUAACGGUCAUCUCGUGGUGACCGCGCUCCUUCAGGAGCGGUGA